AUGGAGAAAGCAGAAACAGGGCUAGAUGUGGAUCUCAUGGAAAGGCUAAGCUCGAAAAACUGGAAAGACAGGCAGGAGGUGUACAGCGUGCUUGGAUCUCUGUGGGGUGAGGGAAAGGCAGCUGAGCCCGAGGUUAUCCAGAAGCUCCAAAGCGAAAGCAACAUUCCCGCACUGGAGGCUGCUAUAGAUGCGCUUUUGAAUGUGAAUGGGCUUCGAGCCAACGAUAUCAAAAAGAUAUUUGGAAAUAUUGGGAAUCCAAAAACAAGUAUUAGGACCAGGAUUGAUGCACUGAUUGACAAGCUAGAAGACACCGAAGAGGUUUUGGAGGUUCUAGGCGAGCUUUUAGGUUCUAAGUCGCCUAAGAAUGUAGUUGGAGCUCUGACGGCCAUCUGUGGAAUUGUCAAAAAAAGAGGGUGUGAUCUGAAGGGUAUAGGAGGUAGGAUCGAGGAGAUAAUGAGCCACGCUGACAAAAAUGUUAGGAGCGAGGGAUUUAAGUUGUGCGUAGAGCUUUAUAAAAGGAACGGGGAGUCUGUUUUGCCAUAUUUGAGUGGAUUGAAGCCGAUACAGCAAAAGGAAUUGAUGGAAGAAUUUGAGAAAUGCAAUCCUGUUGUUGAAGAAGGGAGUGUAAAGGAUCCAGAGUGCCUUCCGGGUGAUUUUGUCAGAGAAGCGUCUGAUGAUAAUUGGAAGGUUCGGUUGGAAGCCAUGCGUAACAUCAAGAGGAUUGCCAAAAAUAUUGAAUGUAAUAACGAGCUGAACAACCUUCUGUGCAGAAGAAUAGGUGAUGUUAAUAAUCAGGUAUUUUACAUGACUCUCGAGAUUAUAAACGAGCUAAGGCCCAAGAGUUUAGAUAUCAUAAAGGGUCUUGUUGAAAGGCUAAAAGAAAAGAAAGGCACUACCUCUGAGAAGAUAAAAGAAACCCUUUUUUGCCUUGGAGUCAAGAUAAAUGGGAGCAAUGCCGAAUUUUUAGGUCAUAAGAAUCCCCAGGUAAGACUAAAUAUAUUGGACUAUUCAUUGAGAGAUCUGCAGAACGACAAGGAAUUCAUCAGGAUGAUAGGAAAUUGCAUUCUCGAUCCUGUAGGAGACGUUAGAAGCAAGGCAACGGAUAUAGUUACUGAGAUCUGGAAGAAAUAUGGAAAUGUAUUUGAUGGGGUUGUUAGUCCAAAUGCUCUUACAAGGAUCAAGAAGGUAAUUGAGAAAACCGGCAAAAAAGAGGCUGUACCCAGUAUACCUUCAGGAUUAAAAAAGACGUCUGAUAAGAAGGAAAAAACAGAUGAGAUCAGCACUAAGGAGAAUAAAAGCCUGAAGGAGAAGAGCAUUUCUCCGGCUCGCCAAAAAGACCAUUCCAAGGAUAUAGGGCGACGGAUUAAGGAAGAUGACGGAGUGGGUAAGAGAAAGCAUUCUCAGGCAAAUGUUAGCAUUCUCCUCAGCAACGUUAAUAAGCAGAGGGUUAAGGGCAGUGCUUCUAGAGAGGAGGUUUUUACACCUCAAUUUAUCCAAAUGAUGGAUAGUGGACCCUUCCAUCAGGUUUAUGACUUGUUUGAUAGUAUAGACAAGACCAUUGUUAGCGACUUCCUCAUAGAUUUCCUAGUCCAGUCAAAUGCCUCGGAAGCAUUCAUCAACUCCACCCUCUUAUCAUUCAUAUCAAACAAGUACAUUUUGAAGGAAUUUGAAUGCAGAAAGCUUGUGGAGUAUCUUCUAUCUAACGGGAUGGUUGAGGAGCUAGGAAUGAUGGAUCGGGUUUACCCUGUGACAAAGCUGUUUUUAGUUUAUCAAAAGAUAGGAAGCAAAGAAUCUAACGACGAAAUAUUGAAGCUAGUGAAGAAGUACAAAAUGUUUAGAGGAGAUAAGAAGCAAUUUAUUGAAGGAAUCAAGAAAAGAGGGAAAGUGGAGGUUGAAGAAGUGAUAAAGGGAUGCCCAGACUUCCUGAGUUUUGUGGAUGAGCUUGAAGGGAGUUUCAUGUCUAUAGCAGAAGAUGGAUGUAGGAAUGUAAAGAUGGAGGAUCCCAGAGAGGAGUUUGAUGGAUUUAUUCCUAAAAAGACAGGAAAUACAGAAAUGAUUGUGGACAGAGAAGAGAUAGAUAUAGAAGCUCCAUUUGUUCAAAAUGAUUCCUUUGUAGUCGGGGAUGCAGACAUCGAAGCUUCUUUUGAAGCAUUGAGCAUACACUCUGUCUCUGGAGUCUUUACUCCAAACUCAAAGAAAAUCAGGAAGGAGGUGGUGCUUCCCGAGAAGAAAAAGAGAGAGAUAAGUGGGCUAGAGCUUAUUCUAGACCAUCUUAUUGACUCAAACCCCGGGGUUAGUGAGGUUGCCUUUAAAAGGCUUAUGAGCAUUAUAGACUCAGAAAUUGAGUCUCUUCUGUCUUUCUCAAAUUCAAUAAUCAGUUCGAUUUCGAUUCAGCUUUUUGAUGUGCUUCAUAAUCCAUCAUUUUCAGAGUUGAUUCUCCAGGUUUUUUUCAGGUUGAGCCAAAAUGGACUUUUCUGCAGCCAACUGAGAAAAGAAACCUUGUUGAGUGCAAAUACAGACCUUAUAAAGAUAAUGAAAAGGCAAAGCUGCAAAAAAAACAACUUCCAAACAUCUCCUCAAGGAACUUCUGUGCAAGACACUUCACUUAUAGGCGAAAUUCUAAUCAACCUAUGCUUAAACUCCAGGGCUAGCCUUAUCUUAGAAGUAUACUUAGAGAUGCUGGUUUCUUCUAAGGAGGAGAUUCUUCUGAAGCUUAUAUGGAGGCACUCCAAGGCACUAAAGAUGGAUGACCGCGAGGAGAUGUCGAAGGUUCUUGAUGUAUUGAUGCGCUUCUACGACAAUAAUUAUAACUCCAUUCUUUCCGAGGACAACGUCACCCUGAAAAUACUACAACUCCAUCUGAGAGAAAUGGUUAAAUUCUAUAGAAAAGACAUAUAUGGAUUUGGGAUUCGAGGUCUUGCCAAGAUAUUUGUCGGGUCUAUGUUUGGAAACACAGAGUCCAUACACCACCAAGAAACCAAGAAGAUUGAUACCAGCUAG